AUGCCCUCACACGGGCUGGUUGUGCUGCUGCCGCCCGGCCGGGCUCCCGCGGGCUGCCCCGGCUCAGCCGCCCCGUCCUACCGGUCCCCCCGGCUCGAGGGCUGCGGCCGGGAUGCCGCUGGGGAGGCCGAGCCCUGCCUGGUGAAGCCCGGGUACUGCUACCACAUCGCAGAGGUGGAGGAUCUGCUGAGCAAGGACUGUGGUGCGUGCCUCAGGGACACCUCCUGCUCCCGCUGCACCAGUGACGCCGGCUGCCCCGGUGCCACCAAGUGCUGCCCCAGCAAGUGCGGCUACACGUGCCAGGAGCCAGUGCUGGACUUCUGCUACCUGCCCUCCGUCUGUGGGACCUGCAAGGCUCUCUUCCGCCGCUUCUUCUUCAACGCCUCCAGCCAGCAGUGUGAGGAGUUCAUCUACGGUGGCUGCGGUGGCAACAGGAACAACUUUGAGACCAAGGGCGAGUGCUCCAAGGCCUGCUCCCACCUCGGUAACUAG